UAGACUGACAUCACACGGGGUGCUAAAACACUUACGGCGCAUAGAGGCUCCAUUAUUGCGCGUUAUAGCCUCGACACAAAAAAUAGCCGAGGAAAUUACUAAAAUAAAACAGGAGGAAACUGAUGCUGGACUAAGCACGUAUUUUUUUGAAGGGGGGGGUGAGAAAGAGAGGGGAGGGGCAGAUAGAGCGAGGGAAGGAGGACACACAGAGAGAAAGAGAGAGAGAGAGACGGAGGGAGGGAGGGAGGACGGAGAGAGUAACAAGAAAUUCAUAGCAAUUAAUAAUAAAAAGUUUUGGCAGUCGUGCUUGGAAAACUGGCAUGGUUUUUGGAGGCUGGCAGUUCAAAGUUGAAACGUCAGAAAUUACUCCAAAAGACUGCUGAGAUGAUCAUUAAGGGAGACUUAGAUCGGAUGGCAGAAGAGAUCGGGCAUCCAGGUGGCGGUCUGACGACGAUGCUCCAUGCCAUGGAAGUCCCAAGUCAUGCUAGACACCUCCUCCUGCAACUCAACACCCAGCGCACCAAGGGCUUCCUGUGUGAUGUCAUCAUCGUGGUGCAGAACGCGUUGUUCCGAGCCCAUAAGAAUAUUCUGGCCGCCAGCAGCCUCUACCUGAAGUCCCUGGUCGUCCAUGACAACCUCAUCAACCUAGACCACGAGAUGGUGAGUCCCGGGGUGUUCCGGGUCAUUCUAGACUACAUCUACACGGGCCGUCUGACGGAGGGAGACCCCAGCUCCCCAACAGAGCCCAACCUGGGGGCCGUGCUGGCUGCAGCUAGCUAUCUGCAGCUGCUGGACUUAGUGGCACUGUGUAAGAAGAAGAUGAGGAGAAAUGGGAAGUACCCUCUCCGCCCCACUCCUGCCUUUCUGCCCUAUGGGAAGAUGGGCCCCAAUAGUUUGGGUUUAGGAGGGGGCAGGUAUCGGGUGUCCACCCCUGUUAUUCAGUCCUGCUACCCAGGGGGAGUUGUGAACACCCACACGCCCCGCGCCCCACCACUAGAGGAGCUGCCACCCCACCCCCAUGCCACCCAUGCAGGGGAGUUGUAUGCCCCCACCUCCUCUCAGGGCCCUCAGGUGUUCCCCUCCACACCCUCAGCCCUGCCUGCCCAGCCCAGCCUGCGCCCAGCUCACUCUGACAGGAACUGCUCCCCCAUCUAUGGCCUGGACCUCUCCAAGAAGAGCCCCAACUCCCAGUCCCAGAACACUCCCUCCCACCCCCACCUGGCCCACGCCCUGCCCCACCACGAUGAGGAGCGGGAGGGGGGGCUGAGCGGCCGCACCAGCCCAAUGCCGGGGAACAAUGGCGGGGCCUACCCCACAGAGAAGAUGGAGACAGCUGAUCAGGCUGGGUCUCUCCCACCUCAUUCUUACCCCCACCUUAAUAAGCCCCUGGGGCCCCACCUGCCCCACCGCUCCAGCUCCCAAGGUCCAGACCACUACCCCUGCCCCCUCAGCCCCGACACCCCCACAGAGGCUGGAGAGCCCAGCAGGGAGAUGGGCAACAUCUACCGCUGGGUGAAGCAUGAGCCACUGUCAUACACAGCUGAGGAUGAAGAGGAUGACGAGGAUGAGGAGGAACGGGGUGGAAACGGAGACCAAAACCACCAGCAUCACAACCACCAUCACAAAGCAGGGGAGGAGAGCGAUGAUCGCUACCGUAGGGUGGGCUGUGAUGGGGAGGAGGAGAAGAGUGGCUCAGGCAGUGAGGGGACAGGCAGUAGUGAGGGUCGACCAUCACCCACAGGGCCUAUGGGGAGGUUCCACCUACCCUACGAGCCUGAGAGCUUUGGGGACAACCUGUACGUGUGCAUCCCCUGUGACAAGGGCUUCCCCAGCUCUGAGCAGCUCAACGCCCACGUGGAGACCCACACAGAGGAGGAGCUGUACUCUGGAGGGGAGAUGGGCAGCAGCAACCCCAAAAACAACAGUAGCAACAGCAAUGGUAACGGCAGCCUGAACAGCCUGGAGGAGAAGUCCAGCCAGAGCCUGACGCCUGGGGUCCUGGGGGAGAUCAUCAGACCCUAUCGCUGUAACUCCUGUGAGAAGUCCUACAAGGACCCGGCCACGCUGCGCCAGCACGAGAAGACCCACUGGCUCACAAGGCCCUACCCCUGCAGCAUCUGUGGCAAGAAGUUCACCCAGCGCGGCACCAUGACCCGCCACAUGCGCAGCCACCUGGGACUCAAGCCCUUUGCAUGCGACCACUGUGGCAUGCGCUUCACCCGCCAGUACCGCCUCACAGAGCACAUGCGCAUCCACUCCGGGGAGAAGCCCUAUGAGUGUCAGGUGUGCGGGGGCAAGUUCGCCCAGCAGCGCAACCUCAUCAGCCACAUGAAGAUGCACAGCAGUGGGGGGGGCGGAGGGGCUCUGACGGCCGACGGAAAGCUGAAGCUGGACUUUUCGGAGGGGAUCUACCCCCUGAGUAAAUACGCAGCAGAGCACCUGGGGCUGAAGCAGGAGAAGGCCUCUGAGCUGCUGGCAGAGCAUGCCAUGGAGAGCCUGUUCCCAUUGUCCAAACUGGCAGCCGAACACCUGCGCCUCAGCCACCAUGACAAGAUGGAUGUCCUGGGGGUCCAGGCCCUGCCCCCUCCCCCAGGGUCCCUCUCUGACUUUCACUCUCGUACCAUUGAACGCUACUCCCCCAGCUAAAACCCUCUGACCAGUCACCCCCAGCAAGGCCUUGGCUACCACACAAUCCUGUGGGCACACAACUUAACUUACAGUAUUCUAAUGUCAUUCACCUCAACUCCAUCAGGAUCUGCACCUCAAGACUAAGGCCAAUACUUGGUCUAAAGAAUGCCCACAAACUGUGUAGACUCUUAUAAGUGCCUUUCUUUCCUAAGUUUGCAUUAUAUGCAUUUUAAAGACCUUCCUACAAUGAGAAACGUGCUAUUUCUAUUAUAUUUUGACCAAGGAAUACCCACUCAAAACAGUGUAGUAUUUAUGUAUACGCAAACCACCGAUCCAAAAACAAAUUGAGAACCAAAGAUCAAUUUUUCUUUGUUUUUUGUACAUAAUGAAAAACCAAAGAAACUGUUGCCAGAAAGUGUUGUAAUCUGACCCUACACCUGUGUACUAAAUGUACUUUUGUACUACUACUAUUGUAAUUGUACAUAAAAUGGGAAAAAAGCACAUAUGGACAAGAUUCAGGGCUCCUGUCCAGAACUGAAAGGACUGUUGGACAAAAGAAAAAGCCAAAGCUUUGGGAUUUGCAAUUGAUUGGAACACUUUUUCUUAAUUUCUUUUUUUGGGGUACUGGAUUUUUCUCUCUAUCUCCCUAUCCAGUUUUACGCCAUGCUCCAGCUGUUCUAGUCACGAGGGAGGGACUAACUGAAAACAGCAUUCGUUCCACCAUUUAGGUAAAGUUAUCUGUGCUUUGUUUUUCUACCGUUGUUAUGUACUCUGAUCAUGAUGUUGUGUACAGAGAGACUGAUAUUAAGUGACAGUAAUAGUAGCUUAAUGACUUGUACACUCAGUGCCAUAACCCUUUGAACCCAUAACCUCUCUUUAUUCGUAUUUUUCCAAUCAUAUUUUGACUUGCAUCCAGGUGCCUUCAAAUUGUUAUUGAGAAAGUAGCGAGUAGCACAACCCUGUGAUCUCACAACUGGGACGCAUCAUGGUGCAUACCCAACUGAUGACACGCCAAUCCUUCUCCAUGGCUUUAACAUCCAGUGAUGUGGAGUGUAGACUAAGAAUGGGUGUUGCCUGUGACGUUGUGUAAUAUACUGAACAAAGAUAUAAAUGCAACAUGCACCAAUUUCAAAGAUUUUACUGAGUUAUAGUUCAUACAAGGAAAUCAGUUACUUGAAAUAAAUUCAUUAGACCCUAAUCUAUGGAUUUCACAUGACUGGGCAGGGGUGCAGCCAUGGGUGGUCCUUGGAGGGCAUAGGCCCACCCACUGGGGAGCUAGUGAUUGAUUCAGAUGAUUCCGCAGGUGAAGAUGCCGGAUGUUGAGGUCCUGGGCUGGUGUGGUUAUACGUGGUCUGCGGUUGUGAGGCUAGUUGGACUUACUGCCAAAUUCUCUAAAACAACAUUGGCGGCAGUUUGGUAGAGAAAUUAACAUUAUGGCAGCUAUGUUGGGCAUUCCUGCAGUCAGCCUGCCAAUUGCACGCUCCCUCAACUUGAGACAUCUGUGGCUUUGUAUUGUGUGACAAAACUACACAUUUUGAAGUGGCCUUUUAUUGUCCACAGCACAAGGUGCACCUGUGUAAUGAUCAUUCUGUUUAAUCAGCUUCUUGAUAUGCCACCUGUCAGCUGGAUGGAUUACCUUGUCAAACUGACAGGGAUGUAAACAAAUUUGUGCACAACAUUUGAGCGAAAUGAACUUUUUGUGCUUAUGGAAAAUAUCUAGGAUUUUUGCAUUUUGCGUUUCUAUUUUUGUUCAGUGAAUUUACAAUGGUGGGUACAGCUAUUCAACUCACCAGAGGAGAGCACAGAGAGGCCAUCCAGGUCAGUGCUGAGAGGCUUGAGUCAAUUACUCCUAAUCAGUCUCUAUCAAUAGCAGCAAUUGCUCUAACACAGAUGAUUCAUCAGCACUGACAAUUGUCCCAUUCUGAGCAUAAAUAGUACUAACCACGUUGAAUCCUUAUGACCCAUAGUAGUCUCAACUCUGACAGAGGGCUGUGCUAUCAUUGACAGGCCAAAGUGACUGCUCCGCUGCUGCCUUAAUACACACACGUUCACACACACACACACACACACACACACACACACACACACACACACACAGGGACUGGGAGCUGCUAAUGUGACAACGUUGUGAACAUGAGAGCUGGGCGCUAGCUGCCUCUGACAGUGCUCUGCUCGUGGUGCGGCGGCAGGCCGCGCUGUCUGUGUGGGUGAACAGCACAGCCCAGCUGCUGGCCUCCCAGUCUUCCAGUAAUCCCUGUGAAAUCUCACAUUCUCCCUGACAAUUCACACUGUCUGUCGGCCUGACGGCCCAUUUCAUGCCUGCCAUCCAGCCCCUCUGAUCCACACCAUAACAAGACACCCAAGCACUGCCGAGCCGAGUCCUACAUCUGCCCUUCCCUGUCUCCCUGCUUAGGAGGCUAUCAAACAUGGCACAGUACAGUGGCACGUCUCUAUCAACUGAUGAGCACUUAUGGGUUUGGGGUUGAAGGCACUUAUUGUUUUGUUGUUAAAUGUUUUAGAAUGUUUAUUCCAAAGAGCAUGCUGGCUUAUUAUUUGUCUAUGUUGUCGGACCUUAUGUCCGAUUGGAGUUUGUUGACCACUAUAGUGCCAAUGCCAACCUCAGUAGGUGAAUGUGAAGACUAAAGCCAUGAAUGCACUGUGAUAGACUUAGUGAAUCUUAAAACCUUAGCUUGGAGACUGAGACAAUAAUCCCUACUAUUGUGGGAUUGUAUUAAUGUACAACAUUAAUUGAAGGGUUUUAUUCUGUAACAUAAAUGAGCAUAUCAAGGUGUUGUUUUUCUGUCACAUAUUUUCUUUCUUGAUUUUGAACCAAAGCAAAGUGAAACUGGUGCUUACCUCAGGACUGAACCCAGCAUGGGGACGCGGCGCUUUAGCUACACAGCAACCAAACAACACAUACGUACACACGUACACACUUACACACGUACACACGUACACACAUAUGUACACACGUACACACUUACGGACAUGCAGACAGAGACACACAGACAUUUACAGACAUUUUCAUUUUUUAUUUUGAGGGGACAAUAGUCCUGUGUUAAACCUGUGGUUAUUUCAUGGUUAUGAGAUGUUUUACUUGUCUUACAAUUUUGUUGAUAACAUGUGAUAUUAACAUUUUCCUCUUAUUUUAA